AUGCGGCUAAUCAGAAGAGAUGAUUUCGAGGACCUUCUAGGCGGCAACCUCGAGGUGGCGGCCGAGUUCAAGCAGUACAAAGAACCCAGCUAUCUGAUGGAGGCCGUGGCCGCCGAGAACGCUACAGAGUCGCUGAAGAAAAGCUCUUUCUUCAGCAAAAUGGCCCAGCCGCUGAAAUACACGUUUGAGAAGAAGGACUUCGUGAUCCUCGUUUUUCUGAUCGUUUGUUUCGUAACUCUGCUGGCCGUCUUCUGCGGAGCUGUCUAUUUUGGUUACAGAGAGUACAGUCUUCUUCUCAGGCGCGUCAGCCUAUACGAAAAAGAUGUCCCGCCCUGCGACGAGGAGGAGGAACUGGACGAAGAGCCCAAAGCUCCGAGCGCGUACAGCGGCGCCACACUGCGGGAGCCGUCCACCAGAGCGUCUGCUUUUUUGCCUGGCCCAGGACGCGAGCUGCCCAAAACCAGUUUCACUCUUCCCGACGUCGAGCAACCGGCUCCUGCCGUUGCACGGACGCUUUACUCCUGGAAAGACUCUCUCCAUAAGAUCUCCAAGCGCCGCACAUCGAGGACUUUGCCAGGCAAACACUCUGCCUCUACGCAGUUCUCUGCGCCUAUCGACGGCGGAUGCAUGCCGACCUGGUCGUCUGUGAUAGACUCGAAACUCUCGCCGAUUGACGUCGUUCAUGGCAGCGUUUCGCCCGACCCCGCGAACAAAAUGGCCACCAACGAAUCUGCCCCCGAGACGUCCUGUCUUGUGAACGACGACGGGUCUUUGGUGGAGCAGACGGCAGACAACACCCGUUUUGUAAGCAUCUACAAGCAACACUCCCCAGAAGCGAGCGGCCGCCACGAAGAUGAGCCCAAGACCGUCUAUACCAUGGUCCAGCUCUACGAGCUAGAGCCGUUGGACCUGAUCCAGGAGUUUGUGGAUGGAGAUGACAAUAAGUUGCUUGCUACAGAGAUCCUGUUCCCUAAAAAACCGCUCUACUCGGAGAGCUCGGUUGUGGAGAUCGAGAAAGAACUGACGAUGAUUCGGCUGAAUCUAUUUAACUGCUCUUUGGACACUGCCUCGCGAGUGCUCGAGAUCAUCAAGUUUCUGGCCAGCUCGUUCGGGCUGGAGAAAUUCAAUAACCCGCGCAUAUUCCUCAUGUCGUACGGCAUGCUGAUCGAGCAGCUCGUGGAAUCAGACUUCAUCAUCAAAGACGACGAUAUACCGACGAUUCUGGUCGGCGCCUUCAUUGAGAUAGUCGUCAAGUACUGUGUGUGUUGCUGGAAAUAUCCAACAUCCAGACAUGUGAAGGUCGACAGGAAGUUCGCCGCCUGGAAGAUGACUCCACACGUUCCGCCACAGUACAAGGUGUUCAAGUACAUUUGCACGCUGAUCAAAUCGGGGUACAAGACCGACCUGCUUGGAGAGGUCCUGAUAUUCUUUUCCACGCCGCCAACCCCCCACAACCUCAUAUAUUUGCUUCCGGAGUCUGAGCUGGAGAAUUAUAAGAACUCCGAGGUUUUGGAGCUCAUGGCCUAUUUGCGAAAACAGAUCCAGGAAGAACACACCGACUGCUGCGGUCCAGCUUCAUUUUCUGGCGCAACCUCGCCAGCAUACUCCGAGUAUGAAGCCUUGCUUCACUCGCGGGUCGCUAGAAAGUCAACGAGCCCCAGACGCGCGCUUCCGGGAGCGUUUGCACGCGAGACAAACAACACUGAGGCCGCCAGAGAGCCAUUGUAG